GCCAGUCGUGACCACGCCCUCUUAUCCAAAGACAAAUAUUUUACGGUUACACGUGUGAAAAGUUCAAAGUUGGAGCCGAAUUUUGAGUAGAUCACGAUCUUGUUAUUGUUUUGAAUCUGAAUUAAAGUGAUUUCCUGUGAUGUGGCAUGCACGUAUUGGAAGCGCAGAAUUUGUCAUAAUGAAGCUGGCUCACUUCUUCAUAUUCCUGUCCGCCGUGAACGUCUUCCAUUUUGUGAAGCCAGAAAUAGAUUUCAGUGUCCCUGAUCUUGACCCUAGGAAUCCAUUUUAUAAGGGCCGGCCUGCCAAUGUCUUUGGCAAGCAUGCAGAGCCGACACCUUACGUUGAAGAAAUACAGGCAAGUCCAGAAGACCAGUUCCCUACACCGGUAGAGUUCCAUGAGAGGUAUAUCAAAGAGUACAAACCUGUUGUGUUGCGAGGAGCAGCAAUGCACUCUGCUGCCUAUCAUCUCUGGACAGAAGAAUACUUGAAGGAAAUGUAUGGAGGUCUUUCAGUCAGGCUUGAAGCCAGGAGUGAGGACAACUCUAGGAUACCAAGUGGUGUGGGAGGGAUGGGACGAGAUACCAUCAGCAACUUCCUGGAUCGCUACCAGACCCUAGAUGGUUACAUCAUAUCACAAAUACCAACUCCCAUGGAGAAAGACAUUGCCUUUCCUCCCUUCCUAACCUGUGGAUCCCUGGCACAGGGUGUUCAGGAAGUCCACCUGUUUCUGAGUUCUCGAGGAGGGAAGACUCUGCUUCACCGCGAUCCAUACAGCUCCAUCCACUGUGUAUUCAAUGGGACCAAGCAAUGGCUUAUUGCAGAUCCUAUCCAGAAAGAACGGCUUUACAUGUCUGAGGACUCUCGCUUUGAGUUUGGAGGAUACUCGGGUGUCAAUGUAGAUGACGUAGACUAUGACAUACAUCGUAACGUCAAGGACCUGGUGUUUGACAGGGUGAUUCUGGAGAAAGGGGAUUGUAUCUACAUGCCUAGCGGCUAUACACAUCAGGUGAGAUCAAGAGGGUACAUGAACAGCGCUGUAUCCAUCUGGUUCUCUCACUAUUUGACCUUUGACCCUACGGGCUGUGAAGAGUCGGGCAAUACUUUCCAACCCAUGAGUGAGUCAUCCGUUCUGUGGCGCUACAGCGGUCAAGGAGAGCUCUCACAAGGCCAUAUGGAUGUGCAUAUGCUAAGAAUUGUCAUGAAAACUAUAGCUGACACAACUGGCAAGAUUUGGUUGGGAGAAUUCACAGAUAACUUUAUACAGGGAGAACUAAAUGAUGAAGAAUUACUUGUAAAACAACGUUUAGAGUUUAUGGAGAUUUUGGAUACCAAUGGAAAGGGUUACAUCACAGUAGAAGAGUUAGAUUCAUUACCCCUACAAACUUUGAAGAAUCUAGUAGAGGUCAUUGACCCUUCAGAUGCAUCCAACAAGGGAGAUUUUGAAUAUCACCACAUUGACAAGGAUGCUAUUUGGGGCGCUCUGACAAUGCUCCGAGGUCACAAUCCAUCCCAACCAUUCAGUGGAUCUGAUUUCAUUAAGAUUUACACCUUCUACUUGGGAGGUAGUAAAGAAGUUGCAAAGGAGAUUCUCGCUGUUUUAGAUCCAGAAGGUACCAAUCAGAUCGAUUCCCGCAUGAUCAUGCAGUAUGGUGACAAGGCCUUUGAGAAGUUCGGCAAAGGGUACCGACAUGACCCAACCAUCGAAAAGCUCUGGUACAAGCAGUUCGUAGCCAAGGGAAUCUUCCAGGAAUUUGGUGUGAACCAUUUUGACAACCCAGAGGAGAGAUGGAUAACGGCAGAGAGUGACGUGGGAGGAGAGUGUGACAGUGUGGAGGACGUAGGGCAUAACGAAAUUGUGUAUGUAAAUGAUCCGGAGAGCAUCCACGUUUGUGACAAGAAAUCACGGUUGGAAAAGGAGGAGGGAAGGAAAGAAGAGCUGAAUCAAGUGGAAGAAAAAGAGAUGGAGCAGAAGGUUCAGGACAGUGGAGAUGAUAGGCAUGAUGAGUUAUGAUGUCAAGUUGAUUGGUUUUGAAGAUGGCCAGAGGUUGCAAGGUUACAUUGAUCAUAUAUCAUCACUGUAUCACUGUAAGACAUUCAAAUUGCAUUCUAGGGGUGAUCUAACAUUUGCUUGAACCGAGACACUUGCUCCUGCAUUAAUUUUGCUGAAGGUAUAGGGUUAGAGUUAGCGGUGUGAUUGGGUUUUUGGUUAAGAAUAUAGUGAAAUUAGGAUAAUACUUUGAUUUGAGCGUAGUGUUUAUGUUUGGGUUAAUGCAGCAUUUCCAUAGGAGCAAUUGUCGCAGGAGCAGAUGUCAUGGAAUAUAAUUUGGGGAAGAAAGGUCAAGUUUCUUUUGCAUAUGUAUUCAUUCUGGUAUUCCUUUGCUUUGUGUAUGUUUUUGUUUCAUCGGUGUGAAGAUUUCUUAUUGUGGGGCCAUAUACUGCUUGUGAGAUUACUAUUCUUUGUGCACAGAACAGUUUUAUUAAAUUGGAAUAUUCUUAUUGUGUGUAAACAUGUAGUUCGCAAUCAAUCUGAAAUAGAAUAUUUGUAUUAUAUUGGAUGGCUCAGAAUGAGAUACCAGAGAUAUUCCAAGAGUUGGGGGCAUUAUUGCACGAUUGGCCUCAACGAGCGGAUUAUUUCUGGUAUUCCAUGAAAUUGGUUAAGCAAAUUAUAUCACUUACUUCAAUCAGUUAAUGUGGUCUCACUUCAUGAGAUCAAUUUGAUCAUAGGAAUAUGACAUACCUGUAGCUCUUUUGACGUCUUUAGUUUCAAUUCGCUCUAAGCUGUGCAUCACAAUAAAUUAAUUAUUGUGUGUGUUGUAUAUUUCGCAUUUGACUGUUCAAUAUGGUAACAUAUUGAACAUCAAGUUUUAUACAGUAGUCUAUUGGAUAUAUAUUCAUCAGUGGGCGCGUCGUGGUCUAGUGGUUCCGACUCUCGCCUUUCAAACAGAGGGUUUGAAUCCUAGCCAUUGCGUGUUUUC